ACGUCAGUUCGCGAUUGAUAGCCGGAGUGCAAAGACGCACUGUGUAUUCUGUGUCGCGCUGUCGUUAUAAUUACUUUACAAGCAGAAGGAGCUAGCGAAUUGAUCAUACGAUCCAGUGUCGUCUGUUGUAAAUAAAUUUGCGAGCGUUUAUUCAUUCUUUGCUAAAGAACUGAAAUUAUUAAAAUUUAGGUAUAAAGGAAAUACAAAAUGACUUGUGUUCUUCCAGUGACAUCAUUUCAUACAAACACAUUCAGCGAUGAAACCAGUGUGGAGUUUAAUAAUAAAGGAUGUGAUAAUUAUGAUUUUGAAUGGUUAGAUAUCCAACAUGUACGUUCUGGCUUUACAAAUGGUCACAAAUGCACCACCACAUGUCGAAAAGAAUCGAACUCGGAUUCGUCGAUAUCGUGCCGAGUGAAAAUCUCAAAUGGAAUAACUACAACCGUCGGGAUAUUAGAUGUGCGAUACGAAAACGAUCAGGAGCCAGUGUUUAAUGCAACAAAUACGGAAAAUCUAGAAAAUGGUAAACAAGAUUUGAAAAACAAGAUUGAAAUGUUCAACAAGACAAACGGAGAAUCUGAGCUUCCGAGCACAACGAAGCACGGACACAAACGAAAACCAGACAGUACUGAGUCGGAAAAAGUUUAUAUUCCAUCAAAACGAGUUUCGCCGUUCUUAAACACAAACAAGGAAAGAAAAGACGAAAGAAAGAAAAUUUUGAAAAUUUCAGUCAGAAAGUUAAAAGAAGUAAAUGACCCCGAAACAUUUCUUAGAAGAACAGUUCUUGUUAAUAAUACCAUGAAGCGACUACAAAUGGAAUUACGAGCAGAAAAUCUUAGAACUAAAAACAGAAAAUAUUUCAACGGAUAUCGGACGUUGAACAACAAUUGUGUGUCAAGCUCUUAUCUUUUUGACGAUCCCUUUCUAAGUGGCGUUCAUGAAAAAAUCACAGAUGAUAUGACAGACACACUUAUUUAUAACGUGUUUCAUGAUACGCAAAAUGACAGGACUAAAGAAUCUAAUACUGAGGAAAUUGACAGUGUAAAAUGAAAUUGAAAUUCUAAACACAAGGCCGUGUUGGUUUAAGUCUUUCAAAAUCUUCGGCAAUACAAACCAUAGUUGUAUUAGCAAUUCCAAGAAGAACAUUAAACAGAAUACGGUCUUCUAGUCUGGUAGAACAGAUGUGCCUGUAAUGUCUGUUGAGGAUUUCUCUGGAAAAACCAGGGACAAUACAAGUUGUAUUUAAGAAACAUUAUAUGCUACGGUGAUUGUGAAACAGCACAGUCAUCUUGUUGGAAGUCCUGUGGAAUGACUAUUACAAAUAAACCCCAUAAACAAUGAAAUUCCUUCAAGUGAGGUGCAAGUUGUUUUAAAAACGUACGGUGUGUGAAAAAUUACAUGAAAUGAAUAUUUAAGGCUUGAGAAAUGUCUACUUGCUGAUAUAAAUUGUACAGAUACAAUUCCAGAGUAUUUUCUCAUAGAUAAAAAAGAUAAUUGUACUUUACUUCAAAAUGUGAAAUCAAACAACAUUAACUUCUUUAAGAAAAGGUUUCUUAGAUAAUUUGGAAGUUCAUUGUCGCGUUCCUUUAUAAUUACGGUCUGUAAUUUCCAUUGGACAUAAGUCUUGUUAAAUUAAAAUGAAACUGAACUGAGGUGUAUUAUACAAAUUUAAUAGCAGAAAUUUAAUAUCCUGUACAUUACUGAAACAUAACGUGUUCCAAACGCCAAAGCAAAUUGAUUCACAAGAAAUGACAUUUUAUGUUACGAAUUAUCUAUUUCCUUGCAUUUGUUUAGUUUUCUUCUACGUGUUACUUGAUACUAUUACACGAAAGUUCAUUUUACGAAAACAAAAACGUUUAUUUUUCUUUCUACAGAAAACACAUGGUAAAUGUAAAUGUUUUAUGUUUCGAUUUCAUAAAUUUAAUCAAGGAUUGCUUGCAAGCAUAUAAUUCAAUUAAAGAAAACCGGUGCAGACUCUUUUUCAUUGUCUAUUUAUGAAAAGAAUGAAACACGCAACACCUUACUCGCACCAAAGAUACAACCCGUAUUAACAACAGAAACUUUUCUUCUCCUAAUAAGGUAAUAUUGUCUUUUAUUGCGAAACAGACGCAAGGAUUCAGCCGAUAACGCCAAUUGUCGGUGAAACACCCAUACAUCUAUUUUUGUUCUUUUCAAGAAAUGUCAUGUCUCAGAAUAAACAUAAUUUCUUUUAAUCCUACAGUUGUCCAAAAUAGUAUAACGUUUGCAUUUUAUGUGAGUUUUAUUCAGAUAUUUGCAAAGUGUUUAUGUUUCUAUUCAGCUACUGUUUCCAUGUAUUAACUUAGAAAGUAAUGUGGCAAAAAAUACUUCUGAAUAUAUUCUGUCUUUGUCAAGGUAAAAUGGUAAAAUGCGUUAUGUUUUGGUCAUAACCCUUAUCAUGCUGGUCAUGACUGAUUCUGCCUUUGCGACCAGUGCAGAUAAUGAUCAGCCUGCAAAUCUUGAUCAUGAUCUGCACUUUUCGCCCUUCAGUCAGUAUCUGUCUGGUAUGCCCCCGCCCUCCCCCACUUUUUUCACAGUUAAUGGUACUGUCCAAAUUGAAAAAUGGAUGAGUUCAUUAUAGAAAUUUAGCAGGGUAAAAAAAAACAAAUGUACGUGAACAGACCAUAUCAAUGAUAUCUGCUUUACUUUAAAUAAUGUCAAAUAGCUUUUGUAUUUUGCAAAGAGGGUAUUACUAAAUUUAUUGUCAUCUGAUAUGCCUUUAAUACUAGUGUUUUAAUGUCAUGGUAUCAAAUAACAACCUAAUUUAUAUGUGACUAGAAAUGAGAAAAUACAUUUGUGCGACAGCUUUACAAAGCUCCUAUUGUUAUGCAGCUUUGUUAUGCAAGAUAAAAUGACGGAAGAAAUACUA